CUUAAAAAACUAUCCAAAAAAAACGAAUUUUCCCUGAAUUUAAAAACCUUUCCUGAGGCCAAAAACCGCUCCAAAAAUCCCCAUUUUCACCCAUUUUUCCCAUUUAAAAACCCCCAAAUUAACACGAUUUUUUUUGGGGUGAAAAAAGCCAAGAAGUUUGCGGAGAGCCAGGCCCGGAAGGAGAAGGAGAAGGAGAAGGAGCCCCCCCGGAAGGAGAAGGAGCCCCCCAGGAGGGAGAAGAAGGAGAAGGAGAGGGAGAGGGAGAGGGAGAGGGAGAAGCAUUCCCCCCGGAGGGAGGAGCGGCGCGCGCCCCCCCAGGAGGAGCUGGACGAGUGCGAGCAGGUCCUGGCGGCCGAGCCCAAGGCCAAGGACCCCUUUGCACACCUGCCCAAGAGUCCGUUUGUCCUGGACGAGUUCAAGCGCAAGUACUCCAACGAGGACACGCUGUCGGUGGCGCUGCCGCAUUUCUGGGAGCACUUUGACCGCGAGGGCUGGUCCCUGUGGUACUGCCAGUACCGCUACCCCGAGGAGCUGAGCCAGACCUUCAUGAGCUGCAACCUCAUCACAGGGAUGUUCCAGCGCCUGGACAAGCUGCGGAAGAACGCCUUCGCCUCCGUGGUGCUCUUUGGGAAGGACCACGACAGCAGCAUCUCGGGGGUCUGGGUGCUGCGGGGGCAGGAGCUGGCCUUCACGGUGAGAAACCCCA